AUGAAUGGGCCGCGUCCCUCGACUCGCGCGUUCCUGUCCGAUCUCUCAUCUUUACAGACGGACUCGAAGAUCCGCUUUCUUGGCUGUGUGACGACUUACACCGUAGCCACUGGGUAUCUAGCCUUGGAACACAACUACCCACGCAGUAAGGCCGAGCCAAAUGUUGUCUCUGUCGACAUCAAUGCACUCCUUGAAGAAGUAACCGCCGAAGCGCUGCGCGUGGGAACGUGGCUGAACGUUGUGGGCUACGUCCGAGAAAUAGAGUCGGUCCAGCCAAUAUCUUCAUUCUCUUCGACCCCCGAAGAUGUCGACCAGCCCAACGAGAGACCAUCUACGGUCUCCCCUCGACCAGUGUACAUCGAGGCCAUCAUGAUUUUUCCAGCUGGGGCCAUCGCGCUCGGAGAAUAUGAGCGGAUUCUUCGCAACUCUCAAGAUGUGGAGAGAAUGGUCAAGUUGACCAACUAA